AGAGUUUUCAGACAUAUACCAUGGCGGACUCCUUUCGAACUCCAUCCUGGAGGGAGAUGACAAAUGGAGGGGGACACCCCCACUUCAAAAGCGGAGGUCAGAAUGGGGGUUCCCACAGCACCACACGAUACAUGGUGAAGAAGCAGCGCCACAGACACAGGUCCUCUUCACCGAUGGGCAGGGUCAUUCUCAUCAAUGCACCUGUUGAUGGAGGGGAUGACAGUGAAGACAUUCACACAGUGACAUUAGAUAAGAGCCCAGAUGGGCGUCUGGGCUUCAGUGUCCGCGGGGGCUCCGAACAUGGACUCGGUAUAUUUGUCAGCAAGGUGGAGGAUGACAGCCCUGCAGCACAUACUGGGCUAACUGUGGGCGAUAAGCUGGUGGAGGUGAACGGUAUAAGCCUGGAGAGCAUCACCAUGAGCAGUGCCGUGAAGGUCCUGACAGGAAACAACAGGCUAAGGAUGGUGGUGAGACGUGUGGGCAAGAUCCCAGGCAUCCGCUACUCUAAGGAGAAGACUACAUGGGUGGAUCUGAUUCACCGGCGGAUGGUGGUGGAGGAGAGCAGUCGUACCCCAUCAGAGGCCAGUUCAGACAGUGCUCUCCGCAGGAUUGUGCAUCUCUUCACCACAUCAGAUGAUUAUUGCCUUGGCUUCAACAUCAGAGGAGGAAAAGAGUUUGGACUGGGAAUUUAUGUGUCUAAGUUGGAUCCAGGUGGGCUCGCAGAACAGCAUGGCAUCAAAAUGGGCGAUCAAAUCCUUGCAGCCAAUGGGGUGAGCUUCAGUGACAUCACCCACAGCAAUGCAGUCGAGGUCUUGAAGAGCCACACUCACGUCAUGUUGACCAUCAGGGAAGCUGGCAGAUAUCCUGCAUAUAAGGAGAUGGUGGCAGAAUACGGCUGGCUUGAUAAGUUAGCCAAUGGAGGCCCUGCACCAUCAUCACAGGGUUCAGAUUCUAACUCUUCUGCCUCGUCGUUGUCCUCCAGCACACCUCUCAGUUCCCUCAGUGGUCUCUCCCAGGUCCUAUUCCCUCCUGUCUUUGGCUCAGAGAUGGUAGACAUUGGCAUCUCCAUCGAGGACCAUUCCCGACGUCCAAGCAGCACAGAGCGAACUGCUGACUCCGCCAUACAGACUGACCCCCAAUCUCCAAACUACCAGGACCACCUGUUGCCCAAUGGGUCACAGCCGGACAGGCUGGACACCACAGAAACAAGCCGGACUGUAGGUGCCACAGUGUUGCUGAAGGACACAGUUAUACGUGCGACAGGAGAAGGGCCAAGGGAGAUGGGAGGAGCUGGAGAGGGAGGACGGGGAUGGGCGAAAACGCUGUCAUCAGGGGACCAGGAAGUAGAUAAACACUCACCUAAGACAGCAGCACUGAUGGCCCUGAGCAGACCGCGGAAGCCAAUCAGACGCUCCCAGAGCCAUAUCACAGUGUCAGAGGAGAGACAGAAGAAGAAAAGGCAACACAGGGAGAAAAGCUCGGAAGAGGGUAAAACCAGCCUGAAGCGCUCCAAAACCUUUGUCAACCUGUUAUUUAAGAAAGACCGUAAAGAGAGGAGUCGCUCCAAGUCACCAUCUCACCAUUCUGACAAAGAUAAGGAGCGGGGUCACCCAUUCCAACUCUUGACCACCCCAAGGGAAUCCCGAGCUGGCAGCCCACUGCCCCGUUCCGAGACCCUGCAGCACGUGGAGGACAUGGCAAAGAAACUGCUCAGUCAGGAUGAGGUGGCUGCUGUGUUGAGACACUGUCAGCGAUUUUUGUCUGACUCUGUGAUUGAGGACUUGGUGCGUCCCCUCCUAGCAAUCUUGGACAAGCCAGAGAAACUGCUGCUUCUCAGAGAAAUAAGAAUGCUGAUACCAAUGACUGAGCUGGGUCGCUUUGACAGCAUGGUCAUGCCCUUUGAGCUGGAGGCAUACAGUAUUCUCAAGAGUCGUUCAUUGCGUUCUCCAGCUCUGCGCUCUCCUCGUAGUGGAACCCCUCGCCGUCACCUCAUCACCCCAAUCCCAGACUACAGGGGUGGAUUUCAUUUGCAGCCGGUCUGCGACGCACUGCAUGAGCGUCAGUUGAUCCAGGAGUUGGAGAAGCUGCGUGUGUCCAGCUCACAGCCAGGCCAUCUCUCACCAUCCCGUGCCUUCAUCCCUCUGCUGGAUGUACCUGUGGACAGCUAUGUGUCCUCUACUGUGCGCUCCCGUUCCCCCAGCCCCUUGCCCACUCACAGCUUCCUCCUCACAGAAUCACCGCACAGCACCAAACGUGGGCGCCAACCCCAUCGAUCCCCAAACAGAAGAGAGAAUGGGGCGUUACGUUACGAUGAGGUCUCUUUGCUGUCCGUGUCUGACCGAGGAGAUGUGGCUUCCGAACGAGGGAGGUCACCUGUGAGGAACGGCGGUGGGAGAGCAAGGAGGGAGGGAAGUCCUGACAGUAUAUAUGGCAGACAAGGCAGGCAGGAGGGCUACACAGAGGUCAGCGUAUAUGUUCCUUCGCAGCGGAGAGGGAGAACUCCUCUGGCUGAGGUAUUUGAUCCCCACAGGGAGAAGAGCCCAUCCAUGGUCAGUAGGACUGCUCAGGAAGGGAAUGGACUUUCCCAAAAUGGUGUAAAAGUGAAAAGAAGAGCAACUCUACCACCUGAGGAAUGUGAAAUUAUCAGUUUGACCAUCUCCAAGGCCAAGCAGUCGCUGGGUAUUAGUAUUUCUGGAGGUGUUGAAUCCAGAGUCCAGCCCAUGAUAAAAAUUGAGAAAAUCUUCCCAGGUGGAGCUGCAUCUACAAAUGAAGCUCUAAAGGCAGGGUAUGAGCUGUUGUCCGUAGAUGGAGAGAGUCUGCAGGGAGUGACUCAUCAGCACGCCGUGGAUGUAAUUCGGCGUGCAUUCAGCAACAAGGCCAAAGAGCCGAUGGUUUUUGUGGUCAAGGUCCCUAAGGUCCCUACCGACCCGAGCAGCCCCAACAGACUUGCUGACUAAACUUUGUGUGCCUCACAGCCAGGCUGCUGCUCGGCUGCACGAAGGACAACAAAACCUGCAGCUCCUCUGGGACUCAAUAAAUACAGGAUUCACCCCAGAAGAAGAAAUAUGGGACAGGUAGAGCGCUGGUCACAGCGGAGACAGUCAAAGGCAAAGUUAUGACAAAAUAUACCAUAAAGUAUGUCUGAAAUAAAGGUUGCAGCUGGUUUUUAAGACUGAUACAGUCGCAUAUUUGUCAAGGUAAAGGUCACUUUUGCUAUAAUGUAAGAUGAAGCCCAAAUGCCCAAAGUGUAUGACUUUUAUAUGAUUCUCAUUGUUUUUAGCAAAACUUUUACUAAAAUGCAUAUGUUGCACGUUUUCUAAAAGGCGUUUUAUGAUAACAUCAUGUAAUUCAUGGACUUGUCCUCGGUUAGAAUAGUGCCACUGUUCAACACGUGGGAACUUUGCCGUGACCUCUGAGCACUGUCUGAUAGUGGAGCCAGUGGUCUGCACUUUUUACUUGAAGCAUCUCAGCCUAGCAGCCCUGCAGGCCUGCCAGAGGGAGAUUACCUCAGCCAGCAUUAUGAGAUUUAUAGAUUUAUACCCAGAUUAAAUCCCUGUAUUAUGUCAAAACUGAUAGUUUGGGUUUAGAGGAUGUCUGAGGAGAUUAUUGCAAAUUGCUGCUCAGUAUUUUUUGUUCUGUAUUUCGCUGGCAGAGGUGCCUGUAUUCUGGAGCCAUCAGCCACUUUAGAGGUUUAAUUACACCAUGCUGUGGAUGGAGCUUAUGCAGACAUGUGGAGGAGUUGGAAAAACAUGAGAAAUGCAGGGCCAGUGGCACAGUUUAAAUCAAAGUAGGAUAAAAGAAAUAUGGGCGGGAGAAUGUAGUGUGCUUAGUGCCUUAAUUCUAUAGAUGGGCAGUUGAGUAAAACACUGAUAAAAUGUUAUUCAAACUUGGUUUUAAUAAG